CCCACAACCGUACGAUUUUCUGCCCUCUUCUCAUGCGCACCAUACACUCACACACAGCCCAGCCAGUCACAACAGAACAACACACACGAUCGUCACGGAAAUAAGUUCCCUCGGAAAAUUCUGCAUCGCCUGCACAGGAGGAAAAAAAGAUUGUCCACCUACGCGCUCUAAACUAGCGAAGUACAUCGCCCUAACCCUCCGCCAAAUCUUGUAUCCCCCUCUUGUGUGGAGUUCGCGUCAUUCGUCUCAUCAUCCCCGUUCAAACGACGGGUCCAAGUUCAACAGUUGUGCGUAUCGGUGUGUGCCAGGGCCAGUGGAAGGAGCGCUAAAAGGCAAUAACAAAAGCGGCCAAAGAGACUGCAAGGGAACAGCGCAAAAACAAAAAUCUCCAAAACAGACCUCCCGAGCAGUAGCAGCUGCGUGCGCGCGCGUGUGUGUGUGUGUGCGUGUUUAUGAUCGCGAUUGGUUUGCGCGAUACUGUGUCAGCGAAACCUGUGUGUGUUUGUGUGUGCGCGCUCUGUGUUGUGUGUAUAUUGCUUUGUGUUUGAUAAACUCCGCACUCGUCCGCGCAUCCACUUUUGUUUUUCUUUUCCGCCACCGUUCCCUUAUCGUGAAGGGGGUCUCCUCGCGCAAAGCAAAUCGCGUAGUUGUUGCAAACAACAGUGGUGCGAAUAACAAGCUCCCUCGUCCUCCCUCCUUUCCACCCCACACACACACACACACACACAGACUCAAUCAAAAGGAAGAUUCCAUUCCCCGCUUCUCGUCCGGAGAUAUCGCGGCCCCGCGUGUCUUACCUUCUUUACCUACGCCACAACCGUGUAGCGCGUAGUUUGGUGCGGAUUUUCAAGGUUAGUAGUGUGUGAGCGCUAGGAAGGUCCCAAACCCCCUCCAUACAAGCGAAAUCGGUGUGCUUCUCGGUUUAAAGAACCCUUCCCUUCGUUCGGAGUGCGUUCACACAUUCGUUCUCAAUCGCUUACCGUAGAAGAAAUCGCCCUUCGCUGCGACGGUGUGUCAGUUGGUGCAUAGGUAGAGUUGCAUCAGCUGUUUCCGAAAUAAGAAAUUGGUCCUCCCGUCAACGGUGGGACGAAUUUGCAGCGAUAAUAAUAAUAACAUUACAGCGCCACAACCGCCGUGUUUGCGCUCUCCCGUCCGUCGUCGGCCUUGGACAUUGGUUCCGCCCGCGAGCAAGCGAGCAUCGGCACCCAUACACACUAACAAAGAGGGAAGGUGCUCGCUGUGUGUGAGAGAAGGCUGCAGGCCGUGAAUCAGCGAACAAACCCAGCAACGCGAAAAACGUCCACAAAGUUCCCCUACGUCACCAGCAAAGUCCGCAACACACACACAGCCUGCCCCGAGAGCAAGAAAAAGAAAGCCAAGGGGGAAGCGAUAGGGAGGAAAUAAACAAAGAACCCCAAUUCGCCUACUCGGACGCGAGCCUGUAUCUGUUGCGGCAAGCCAUGAGCCUUCUGGCGAGAACCGAUAUAGACGCUGGAGGGUUUUUCGUCAACUUCAAUCAGGAUUGCUCGUCGUUAGCGGUUGGGUCCAAAAAUGGGUACAGUUUGUUUUCGCUCAACUCGGUCGACUCGAACCUGGACCAGAUCUACACCAGCCUGGCGGAGGACAUCUGUCUGGUGGAGCGGCUUUUUAGCAGCUCGCUCGUUGCGGUCGUUUCGCUAAAUGCUCCCCGGAAGCUAAAGGUGUGCCACUUUAAGAAGGGCACGGAAAUAUGCAACUACUCCUACUCGAACACGAUCCUGGCGGUGAAGCUGAACCGCUCCCGGCUGGUCGUCUGCCUGGAGGAGAGCCUCUACAUACACAACAUCCGCGACAUGAAGGUGGUGCACACGAUACGCGACACGCCGCCGAACAAGACGGGGCUUUGUGCGCUCGCGUCCGACUCGGACCACUGCUACCUGGCCUACCCGGGCAGCGCGACCGUCGGCGAGGUGCAGAUCUUCGACGCGGUCAAUCUGCACGCGAAAAUCAUGAUCCCGGCGCACGAUUCCCCGCUCGCCGCGAUCGCGUUCAGCCAGAUCGGGACGGAGAUAGCGACGGCCAGCGAGAAGGGCACCGUCAUACGCGUGUUUUCCGUGAGCGACGGCUCGAAGCUGUUCGAGUUCCGGCGGGGCGUGAAGCGGUGCGUCUCGAUAGCGUCGCUCGCGUUCAGCACCUGCUCGAAGUAUCUGUGCUGCAGCUCGAACACGGAGACGGUGCACGUGUUCAAGCUGGAGCGCGUGUCGCCGGAAACGAACGAUGAGCAGGGCGCAGGGGAGGCGUGGUACGGCAAGAUUAGCAAAGCGUUCACCAACUAUCUGCCGCUGCCGACGCAGGUGACGGACGUGUUUUCCCAGGGGCGUGCGUUUGCGGCCGCCCUGCUGCCCGUGCCCGGGCUGCGACAUUCCUGUGUCAUAACAACGAUUCAGAAGGCGCUAAGAAUGUUGGUCGCUUCCCAGGAUGGAUAUCUGUACGUCUACCAAAUACCGACGGAGGGGGGCGAAUGUCAGCUCAUUAAGAAGCACGAUCUCAGAAAUAUCGAACUCCCACCGAACCCACCGAGAACGGAAUCAGUGCCAAUUGGUGUACCGACGGUGGUGCCGUCCGGUGGCUCCAGCUAUGCGGCCACCGUCCGCGGUACGGCAGGCAGUAGCGCCGGUAGUGGUGGUGGCGGUGUUGCCGGUUCCGCCGAAGACGACCAACAUGACCAGCAAAAGCAGUAAUAGUUUGACCCAGCCGAGACGUUACAUUGCGACGGUGUAACCAGCACGAUCACGGAUCACGCAUCAUCCGGAAGCUCUCUUCAUGUUCACAACUCCGCUGGCUGCAUCACUUUCAUGUGGCUUUGUCGUUGCAGCAGCAGCAGCAGCAGACGAUGGAGAUACGUCGCCGGCGUCUCACCAUGCGUUUGAUGAUGUCCAUCUGCUCCCGUUCGGUACAUGCUAAAAGCAAACGUUUCCCCGGGGUAAGAAUGUAUGCAUCAUGCAACAAGAAGCAACAACAACAUACAACACUAAAUGAUAACACUUGUAAAAAAAAGGGAUGUGGUGUAGUAGCCAACAUCCACAACACACCCCGGCUGUGCGGGCGAUUCGAAGGCUGUAAGUGUGCUUGCUCUCCCCGGUGGGCGCGUGUGCUCCUCCUGCUUCACAAGCCUGCGGGAGAGAAAUGUAGCAUCAAUGUGAUAGAAAGCUGCACACAAAAUCACACCCGAGUGAAGGGAGAGAAAACAGUUUGAACUUUGCACUUUGCUAUUGGACCUGUUCCAUUCGAAAGCUUACAAUUCGUAAACGACUUUCCCUCUUCUAACACGUGCAAGCAUCUCCGAGGGGUUAACAUUACAGUUUCCCCUUGUGCAGAUGGUAAUUGCAAAUUGCAUGAAACGUUCAACCCAGUAGAUGUUAAAUGCAAUACAUAUACACACCGAAACACACAUACUUAUAUAUCGCUAAUGUGGGACCCUUACUCAGAUGAUUAAAACUAAUCCCGUUUUACACUAGUGAGCUUCGUUUUCCAAUGCAUCCCGUUGCAUCGCUAGUACCACAUACACACAGAACCAGAUUUCUUUUGCGUUGUGCUGGGAGAAGGGUAUGUACGUAGUGCAAGAAACAGUUAAACUUUAUCAUUUCGUUCGAUGUAGUGUAGCAUAGCUGGAAAAGAAGGUGUAUAAAAAAUACGGGAGUUUCCGAAGGAGGCGAAAAACGAGUGACGAUAGAAGAUA